AUGGCAGAGAAAGAACCACCGCCGUGUGUGACUACAUCACUUCCCGAAGAUGUCAUCGUUGACAUCUUAGCGCGUGUACCGAGAUGCAACUAUCCAACACUCUCCCUCGUUUCAAAACAUUUCCGGUCUCUCUUUGCGUCGCGUGAGAUAUACGCGAGACGAUCCUUGUUAGGCUUUAUGGAAAACUGUGUCUAUGUUAUCCUCUGUAACAGGAACAACCGUGAUGGCCAGUUGUAUAUCCUCCGCCGGAAAGCAAACGGAAAUCAAGGCUUGUUCCUCAUCCCUUCACUGCCUUCUAUGCCUCAAUAUGGUAGCUACGUCGCGAUGGGCUCGAAGAUAUAUGUGUUCAACAGUGUGACGACAUCAUCAAGUGGGUUAAUCAUCGACUGUAUAUCUCACACAGCGCAACCCCUCCCGAGCAUGCCUGUGGUCAUGGAGGUUAAGAUGGCUGACAUCAUCGACGGGAGAAUCUACGUGAUUGGGUAUACUGACAAGAACGUGAUGGUUGUGUUCAAUACAGAAACACAAACAUGGGAGCCUGAGACGAUACAUAUUGACCCUGAGGCUGACAUCUGUACGUGUGAAUGUCUGGUGAUGGCUGAUAAGAUGUACUUUACGAAUCAUGAGAAUACAAUUGUUUACGAGCCACAAGGAAGUAAAUGGGAAACGGAAGAGAUGGUGAGUGCUAAAGAGUGGGAGAAUGCUUGUGUGGUUGAUGACGUUUUGUACUAUCACGAUUACGUGGAGAACAAGUUAAGAGCUUAUGACUCAGAGAAGAAGUGUUGGAGAGUGGUGAAUGGUGUUGAAAAACUGUUGGCUAAGAAGAGAGUUGAUGGGUGGUGGAAGACUGUGAGUUACGGUGGGAAACUUAUUUUGUUCGAUUCUGAAGUAAAACACGUUGGAGUGACUCAUUUUGCGGAGAUUUCGUUGGAAAGAAACCAACAAAGGGAGAUUUGGGGUAAAGUUGAGUGGUGUGAUGAGGUUGAGAUUGCGGAGAGUGUUCUAAUUAAGAGAAGUAUAGCUGUUAUGGUUUGA